UGGGGGCAAAAAGAAAAGGCGCACACAUAUACAGAACACACCUCGCAUCUCUCCAGGAGCAGCUGAAGAUGUACCAGCAAGCUUGGGCAACGAGGGGAGCUGGACAGGCGAGAAUGAGGAGUCUGGAAGCUAGAGGAUCGCCGUCACAGAGCUAAUGCCUCUCCCACAACAAAGGUCUCCCUGACGGAUCAACAAUGCGAAGGCUCCUUUUGGGCUGCCUGCUGGUCGGGGGCUUGGCAGCGUUGGCCAACGCCUGCCCCUUCCACUGCGUGUGCCAGAACCUGUCGGACUCGCUCAGCACACUGUGCGCCAACAAGGGGCUGCUGUUUGUGCCGGUGAACAUCGACCGGCGCACCGUGGAGUUGCGGCUGGCCGACAACUUCAUCCGGGUGGUGGGGCAGCGGGACUUUGUCAACAUGUCGGGCCUGGUGGACCUCACCCUGUCCCGCAACACCAUCGGCUCCAUCCAGCCGUUCGCUUUCGCCGACCUGGAGAGCCUGCGCUCGCUGCACCUGGAUGGCAACCGGCUCACCACCCUGCGGGACCACAACCUGAGCGGCCUGGUCAACCUGCAGCACCUCAUUGUCAACAACAACCAGCUGGUCAGCAUCGGCACCGCCGCCUUCGACGACUUCCUGCUCACCCUGGAGGACCUGGACCUGUCGUUCAACAACCUGCAGCGGGUACCUUGGCAGGCGGUGCGCGCCAUGGUCAACCUCCACACCCUCAACCUGGACCACAACCUCAUUGAGCACAUGGUGGCAGGCACCUUCCGACAGUUGGUCAAGCUCGCACGGCUCGACAUGACGUCCAACCGGCUGCGCACACUGCCCCCCGACCCGCUCUUCUCGCGCUCCCAGGCCACGCCGCUGGCCCUUCCUUCCACCUCCACCUCCUCCUCCAUCGCCAUGGUGGCGCUCAGCUUCGGUGGCAACCCCCUGCACUGCAACUGCGAGCUACUCUGGCUCCGGCGCCUGACCCGCCACAACGACCUGGAAACGUGCGCCGCCCCUGCCCACCUGGCGGGCAGGUACUUCUGGUCGGUGCCGGAGGAGGAGUUCAUCUGCGAACCGCCGCUGAUCACCCGCCACACCCACCGGGUCUGGAUCCUUGAGGGGCAGCGGGCCACCCUCAAGUGCCGGGCCGUGGGCGACCCGGAGCCCACCAUCCACUGGGUGUCGCCGGGGGACAAGAUCGUGGUCAACUCAUCGCGGGUGACCUCCUACCGCAACGGCACCCUGGACAUCCUGGUGGCCACCGUGGCCGACGAUGGGCCUUACGCCUGCUUCGCCACCAACGCUGCCGGCGAGUCCAGCGCCCUGGCUGACCUCAAGAUCAUCCCGCUGCCCCACGGAGGCAACGGCUCGGCCCGCGCCCCCCACCGCCGGCCCGGCUCCUCGGACAUCACCACCUCCAAUAGGCCACCCAGGCGCCGCCCAGAGGAGCAGCAGCAGGAGGAGGAGGACGAGGAGACAGACGGGGAAGAGAGGGAGAUGGAGGAGGAAACCGUGGCGGUGCUAGACAUAACAGACACUGGCGCUUUGGUCCAUUGGCCAACUGCUGUCUCCCCGCGUCACGUGUGGAUGUACCAGAUCCAGUACAACUCCUCGGUGGAUGAGACAUUGGUGUACAGGAUUGUGCCAUCCAGCAGCCGGGCCUUCGCCCUCCAGAACCUGGCGCCAGGAGCGGAGUAUGACCUGUGCGUCCUGGCCAUCUACGGAGACACCGAGACCCAGUUGGCCGCCACCCGGGUGCUGGGUUGCACCCGCUUCGGCACCAAGGAGGAGGAGUACCCUCACUGCCGCCUGCUGAGGGCUCACUUCCUGGGGGGCACCCUGAGUGUGGCGGUGGGUGGUGCUGUCAUGGUCGCCCUGCUGGUCUUUGGCGUGGCUGCCCUGCUCAAGCUCAGGGGCUGUGGUGGGCGCCGCCUGCCCAAGGUCAGUGACGUCUACUCCCAGACCAACGGCGCUGCUCCGCGACUGGCGGACCCCGGGGUCCAGGAGAGGGCCAAAGCGCCGCGGAGGAAGCCCAAGCCCAGGGCGCGGGUGAGGGGGCACCAGAUGGAGUCUGCGACAACGCCCCGGCCCCCUGCCCCCUUGCCCAAAGCCAGCCGCAGCUGCUCCUUCGACCUGGGCACCUCGUCCUCCACCGCCCGGCGCGGCUACGCCAAGCGCCUCAGCGUCGUCUGGACUAGGAGGAGUCGGUCAGUGCACGGCACGCUGCUGCGGUACGCCGAGACCGGUGUCACGGUGGGACGGGGUGAGGAGGGAAUCUUCGGCGGCUCCCAGGAGCUGGAGGAGAGCAUCGUCUGA